UUUGGGAAAUAUUUUUUUUUGUUUGUUUGUUGUUGUUUUUUUUUUUUUGCAAUGUCUGGACGUGGCAAGCAAGGUGGUAAAGCUCGCGCUAAAGCGAAGUCUCGCUCUUCGCGGGCUGGCCUCCAGUUUCCCGUGGGCCGAGUGCAUCGCCUGCUCCGGAAGGGCAACUACGCUGAGCGGGUCGGGGCUGGUGCGCCGGUGUAUCUUGCAGCGGUGUUGGAAUACUUGACGGCAGAGAUACUAGAGUUGGCCGGUAAUGCGGCGCGCGACAACAAGAAGACUCGCAUCAUCCCACGUCACCUGCAGCUGGCCAUCCGCAACGAUGAGGAGCUUAACAAACUGCUGGGCCGCGUGACCAUCGCUCAGGGCGGGGUCUUGCCGAACAUCCAGGCGGUGCUGUUGCCUAAGAAGACCGAGAGCCACCACAAGGCCAAGGGCAAGUGAUUUGACAGGGAUUUGAGUUUCCGGAAGUGCUUUCAAACCCAAAGGCUCUUUUCAGAGCCCCCCACUAUUUCAAAGGAAGAGCUAACACCACUUGGAAUAUUAAAAAAAAAGGAAGGUUUCAAAAGCUUCUCACUACAAAGAGACGCCUAGAUCCAGAGUGUCUGUCAAACUCAUCAAUUCUCAGAAAUAAAUGGAUUGGCAUCUGUGUUCUGACAUCUUUGAUUGAUUCCGCACCUGCAAAUUUUUUCCAAUUAAAAACUCACUCUGGGUUUC